AUGUCUGAAAUUCAGAACAGUCCGCCAGCGAGUCCAAUAACGGAAGAAAGUUGUCAACUGGAUUGUCUGCUGAAUUUACUCGAAUUGAUAUGGCCGAUGCAGGGCCUUCUACUUCAAACUAUAAUUCAAUUGUUGGAGAUGACAGUAAUUGUUUGCCAAAAGGAACAAUAUCUCAACGGCAAACGUCUCUUAAAGACUUUUUUACCAAUUUUAACGAAACUGAAGAAAACGAAAACAUCAGCAAUAUCAACAAUUACCUUCGAGGAAUUCAAAGUUAUAUUAAAGGAGAACGCAUUUUACAUGACGUUUUGCCAAACAUCACUAGAGAGCAAGCUACUUACUUUCUUGAAAGAAGUAAUUAUUAAAAAUAAGAAAAGAAAAGUUUCAGUAAGAAAGAAAUUAGCCAUAGCUAUGUCUCUUUGCGACAAAGCUUUUAGAAGAGAUUUUGUUGGUAGGGUAUUAACAAAGAUUAGUCCUGGAUCAGUCGGAUAUAGAGAUGUAACUUAUAAGCCUACUCGAGCUAUAUAUGUAUUACCUUUAGGUACUAUUCAUGCUCAAAUAGCAGUAGCUUCACAUUUAGUUAACUACGCUGGAUCUGGGGCUCAUAGAGCUGAUAAACCUAUAGAUGCGUCUCAUUUCGCUACGGGUAGUUCAUCUACUUCUGGUGUUAAGAGUAUUUGA